ACGUGUCCAUCACUCUAGGGUUAGGGUUAGCGCGUGGCACUGGCAGUGGCGCUGGCCAAGGCGCCACAGCAGCCCCGCGACGAUGAUGUUCACCAAUGUCUUCCGAAUUGGCGGGUUGCAAGAAGUCUCGUGGUUUCAGCUCGUUGCGGACGAUUCCCAGAGGAAGAAUCAAGAAUGCAGCGAAGAUAAGCUCGCUAAGCAGCUCCUCGCAGCACACAUUGAGCUCCAGAAUGAAGGACGACUUAGUUCAUGGACUUAUUCGUCACAAGACAAAGGCCAAAAGCUCAAACUGUGGCUCUUUUUACCCGGGCGUCACAUUGACAGCAGGCCGUCUCUGGAUUUGAAAGUUUUAAAAUCCGGAGUGUGGACCUGUCCCGGGACGUCGACGGAAGUGACAGCAGCCUUAUGCCAAGCCCUUCGCAAUCGCUUUGAAAGGGCGCUGGGUGCUUUUGCUUACGUUCGUUUCGGUGAUAUGUUUGUCAAGUGCAAGAGAUACACCGCAGAUGAUUCAGACUUCAGACGAACACUUCCGUCUUGUGAAGCUACGUUUUUUGCGAGUGAAGAAGGCGUGUUUCUCCACUUGCGCAUUUCCAGAAGACGAAUGAGGCCUUUGGCAGCGUCAGAUGUUCGAGCUGUACUUACGCAGCAUCUGACCUCUUCUACACCAUCGAUAGAGAAUCCUGCUGUCGUUGUUGCACCCUAUGGUCUGACGGGAUGGCUCACUGGAUGCUGCCCUGGAGAUCUGGUUCGACAAAUAUCCCAAAGCAAGUCUGGACCUCUGAAGGACUCUAGCAUCAAAAGUUCAGUCACUCCGAGGAAUGGAGGAUUUGCCUCUCGAAGCUGGUAUGUCGAAGUUCGCAUGAGGUUCCAGCUAGCCAAAGGCAAGUCUCAGCCCAAGACGGAUCAGAACCAGUGGAUUGAAAAGGUUUUCAUUUUCCCGCCGGAAGCUGUGGUUGUUCCGACCGUGCCUCCGAUCUCUGCUCGAACUUACCUCAAAAGGUGCUGGCUUCGAAAGCAGGCCGGAACGCAUUGGCUUGAGGACGCCUUUUCCGUAAGAAAAUUUCUACCGCUUACAAAUCUGGCAGGACAUAGAUUACAGGCUAUGGGUAAAGCUAAUACUAUUUGGAAGCUGAAUAGCAAUGGCAGCAAAAGCAGCACUAGCAGCGGUAGCGGUGGUAGCAGUAUCAAAAGUAGUGACAGUAGGGGCAGCUCGGGCAGUGAAAGUGAUGUGAAUGAUGAUGGCGACUACAGGGAAGAUGCAGAUUCCGCCGCUACUUUGGCUGGACCAAAUGGGACGAUGAUAUCUUCGUCAGGACGCACCCCAGAUGGCGAUAAUAAGCGUCUGCCGGGAUCAAAGCGCGGGAGAGAACACGGAAAUGAUAUGCACAAUAGUUCUAAAUCUGCAAGAAGAACUAGCCCUGAGAUUUCAUCGUCAGCAGCAAAUAAUGCCGAGUCCACGAAAGGUGCACCAAGUCAGGCGGGGACACCCUGGGACUGGACCGAUCAGGUUAACAUCCAAAGUGAUGCAGACUUUUUUGCGGAGUUCGGAGAUUUUGGAGAUUUCUUUGAAGGUGACGGGCUUGGUUUCGGUGAGCCUCCAGGGACGAUGGAAUCCCAAUCAUACAUGUUCCCGUUUGACGGUGAUGGGUCGAAUACUCCGGGAACACAGUUUAUUGAGACUUCAGAUCCAAUGCGACUACCGAUACUGGAUUUUCCUAUGCUUGAGGUAUUGGGUCAAGCGGAAGAUUUGGAAAAGGAACAGGAUACAGGCACAGUCGUCGAUGAGAAGUGCGAACCAGAAUCUUCACCGCCUGUUCUCGUUCCUGCCGGUCUUUCUCUAGUGGCCAAGUCCGAAGCGGCCUUGAUAUUUGCUUCCGAGUAUGCUCCUAUCGAUAUUACUGGUCUGGACAAGCUGGACAGAAAACCUGCAUACAAACCAGAUGCAAGAAAGGAAACUUCAGCUUCUCAGUCCGCAAGCUAUGUUUAUGGAGCGACUCCUCCACCGACGCCAAAGCUAGACUCGUACGAACGUAAAGCGCACUCUAGAUGGCGGACCGAGUUUGAAGAACGGAAAAAUGUAGCAGUUAACAAUUUCGGCAACUUAAAGUAUGGUGAAACAUCGCCUACGGACAAUACUCUGGUUGCGAAGACUGGUAACUCCCAUCGAAUACAAGGGCCACUGGCUGCUACACUUGCAACGGAGUUGGAAUGUGCAAUGUUUCAACUUCAACUCCACAGCGUCAAAGGAUUCGCGUACUGUGCUCAUCCUAACGAACAUGCCAAGCUUACAGAGUCGUCUCAUAAGGAAUGCACUUCUGAAAUAACGGACUCGUCAGAUGCCUGUGACAGCUUACGACGCAAGCCUGAUCGGAAGAAAGUUCCUGAAAGAAUUGCUGGAGAUACGGAUGACUUAUCUCACGAUGGGCCUCGGCCAGUUGAGGUUGGCGUAUGGCGUCCAGUUGGUUUACCAAAGCCGCAGCAAAGGCCUCCGGAUGGUGGCCGCGGAGCGGUUUCCAAUAUAGCAUCUCCAGAGGUUGGCACUCCGUCUGAAAUAAGCGACGCGGCCAUGCAGGACAUCGUCGACUUGAUACCGCUUUUAGUUCAACAAGCAGCUUGUUGCAAUGACAUAUCUCUGAAUGGGGAGCAUGGAGAUGGUGCAUUAGCUUGGCUGACUUUACAGCAGAAGCUAAGUCAACAGGAUCUGAGCUGGACAAGUGAUGUGUGUGAUCCUUCUAUCACCGAGAUUUCUCCUGCUACAGUAGCAAGCAUUCUUCAGUCAGAUAUGCGUCAGGCUGUGGGUGUUGCGUUUAGUGAUAUCAAUGCGGCUGGUCCGUUGAGCUUGGCUGAGUGGUGUCGGGGUAAGACUCCGACAGACAAUCAUUCAGGACCAUCUGACUCUAAGGACCUUGUCAGCAGUAUAACCGGCGAGCCUAUUACGCCUCCGCAAUCGGCGAAGGUAGUGUCUUUGCAGGAUCUGGAUAAUCAUGCUCCGGAAUUUCGUAGGAGUGGUCGAGAGGCUGAGGAUGCUGCUCAGAGAAGGUUGUGUGUUGAUGAUGCUGAAAGUCAAGCAUUAUCAUACGCGAUGCUUCCAGUGCCUACUCUUCUCGUCGGAUAUCAAGAAGAUUGGUUAAGAACGGCUCCAAGGUCUCUGCGGUACUGGGAAAAAGCUCCUUUCGAACCGUAUGGCUACCCGAAAUCUGUUACAUACUACGUUAUUUGCGCUGGUUUGGAUCCUUUGCUGUGUUCCGCACUUGAGUUUUUUCAGCAACUCAGUAGUGUUUAUGAAGCAUGCAAGCUUGGAGCACACAUUCCAGCAAAUGUCACGGCACAAACUGUCAGCAAACGCUUGCUACCUGGAUUCGUUCCAGUAGAUUUUCCUUCCAAGCUUAAAGGAAGUUCCUCAUCUAUUAAUCUGGCAAACGACUACAUAACGGCUAUGGAUAAUGGCUGGGAUGUCUCCGAAUUUCGAAAGUCUCUUCGAAAAGCGUGCAAAUCCCUCAACCUCGGCAAUUCUGUAUCCCUGGAGGCUGAUCAUGAAAACAGCCCCAGCACGGUUCUUUACGUUGUAAGUCCUUCGUCGGAGCCCUCCAUGGUUUUGCAAACGCUGAUGGAGACCUGUCAGAGCAUUGGACCGAACUUAAACAUCAAAAAGGCUUCAGGGAAAAAUUCAAUGGAGGAUGGAAAGCAACCAGUUGCCGGAUUUUCUAUCGGAAGGCUAGCCUUGCAAGUGGUAACUCCCGAAACGGUGAUAAGGUUGAGUAGCUCGCCUGCAGCCGGGCUUGACAUCCUGAAGGAGCUAUCAUUUGCAGUAUACAACAAGCUGCGUCGUAUACCAUACAAAGCUGCUGAAGAUACGCAACAAUAUGGCUUUGCAUCUAAAUCCCGUAUGGGUUUGCAGAGCAAUACUGCGAUGACAUGGAAAGACUGUCGGAAUGUCUCAUUACUGGACACUGGAAACUUACGCUGGGACAAGUCAUGGUCUUCUUCCAGGCUAUUGGAAACGUCUGCUUCCGGUCCGCCAGCACCAUUCCGACUCUUAUACGAGCCUCUGUUUAUUCUCGCGGAUGGUUGUAUAUUGGACCACUCUAUGGGACAACUGACCAAAGCCAGAACAGAAGAGGUUUCGACACAGAGUUUUGGGAUACCAGACACUGGCAGUGUAGCGGACGGGGUCUCCAGGACUAGCAGCCAGCCACUCUCUUUUCACUGCUGUUAUUCGUGGACGAGCAACUGGCUGUGGCUGAUCGCCGUCUGGAUAGAUUCCCAAGGGAAGAUGCUGGACGUGAACGUAUUUCCUAGUCCCCGGUGCACGCAGGAUAAGGAUGACUGCUCCAAAGAACUCUGUCAGCUCUUUAGUCAGGUAAUGCAACAGGGUCAGCAGCUCUUGGCAACCAUGUCUCGAACGGCAGGCAACAGGGGCCACACAGUUACCGUCACCCGUAUGGGUGAUCUGUAUGAAACCGAGUACCAAGAAUGGCAACGCGUGUUUAUGAACAUCGCGGGAGAUGAAUCCAGAGUAUGGCCCGUGGUGAUUCGUCCGGACAGCGGCGGUGAUGCUAGCUCUUUGUCCCAGCAGAGAAAUGUGAGCGCAGUCGUGGGAUUUCCAUCGUCUCCAGGUUCGUCGUCGUCUUUUGUUUCGCGCGGCUUACUCCCAAAGCCGGAGAUCAACUUCCAUGCUGGGAAGCUUGCCGGUGUGACCUUGGCAACGGUGUCUGGUGACGAAUCAUUGCAGGUGCUGAGCCUCGCCGAAUCUGCUGCAGCUUCGACAUGGUCCGUAGCCAGCUCGAGUGGACUAGCCUCCGGUUUUGGCAUGGCAAAAACAAUCGCUUCUCUUAACGGGGCUUACCUCUUCAUUCCCGCUCACGGUUUACGCUCGCUCUCCUCGUCAGACUCGGUGGCUAGCAACAAAGUCAACGUCCCGGCAUUUGGACAGUGGAUCCAGAGCAGAGGCUCCGUCUCUCCCGUUGCAUCCGGCUAUGUCAUCUCCGGCCCGACCACAGCUCUACGAGCCGAGGUUGCUCAAGUUUCCAUGGAGGAGGAAUGGCCGAGCACGCUCCAGAUCGGUCUCGUAGCACACUUUGGCUCCUCCAAGGCUCGGCAGGAGACGCAAGGAAUGCGUCUGGGUGGGAAUGGCUUGUGUGACAACGCCGGUAGUAGCAGCAACACUAGCGGGAGCAGUGCCAGCACAGGAAAGCAAGGGAGCAGCAGCGGCAUCAAGCAGCAAAUCCGCUACGUUCUAGAGCAACUUGGAGCCGAGUUUUAUGGCCUGUCAUGGCUGACCAUCAGUCCCAUGUAUCUCCACCGCCGCCGACCGCUGCCUUACCACUGCGACGUAGCGCAGCGGCUGGAGAAGCUACUGGGUUACAUGGAGGCGGCGGCGGAGCUAUCGCCCACUGCUACCACGGCCACCGCCGCCGCCACCGCUAGCUAGAGACACUACCUGUACGAUGAUUAACUAUGUACAUAUGGGCUUCUUUUACCGGUUGACAAGUGUAGACAGCAAUACGUAUGCUCCUCCCUCGUUUGGAUUCA